AUGGAAGUAUCAACCGUCGUAACAUUGAUUUUUCAAGCUGCUAAACAAAUAUACGAAGCAGUCCAGCAAGUUAAAGAUAAUAAGACUCAAUCUUCGCGUUUAUCUGAUCGUAUCAACGCCGUUAUUAAUCCACUCACGCCAUAUAUAGAAAAUCUCGAACAAAUUCAUUCGACAUUAAAGCCAACACUAAACAAUUUGUUAACUUGUAUUGAAGAGGCUAAAAGUUUUAUAUCUGGUUUUGCCGACAGUAACUGGUUUAUAAAAAUCUUUAACAAUGCAAAUCACAAAAAAGAAUUUGAAGAUUUGAAUCGUCGAUUGUUAGAAUGUUCAACUGAUUUGAAUCUUGGUCUAAAUGUGUCGCAAAUAUUCGAUCAUAAGCAGGAUGAACAAGAUCAAAAGGUUGACUUGUGUAGCAUAGAUGUAGAAGACAUUGCUAAGCGAAUGCUAAUUGCGCAACAGGAAGAAUUUCGAAAACAAUACACGCAAAUCGACGAACUUCUGCAAAUUCGAUUUUUGUCAUUUCGAGAACAGCUAAAGAAUGACAUAGAAAAAGCGAAAGACGAUAGUCUUGUUAAACAAAAAAGACCACUAGAAGAAAAAUUUCAACAUUUGAAAAUUUCGAUAAGCGAUCUUGUAUUUGAGGAUCGGGUCGGAUUUGGUAGCUUUGCCGACGUUUAUCGUGGCACCUGGAAAAGCCAAUCUAAAACUGUAGCUAUCAAACAUAUCCGUAUUAAUCAUUUACACUACAAUGUUGAGCAAAGCUUCCUUGACGAACUCUCAUUAAUGUAUCGUUUACGUGAUGAAAACAUUAUUAAUGUCUUGGGUGCAUGUAUGGAACCGAACUAUUAUGCAAUCGUUAUUGAGUAUAUGCCACUAGGUUCUGUCUUCAGCGUAAAAUUAAACACGCCGUUCGCUUGGCCUGAUCGGUGGUCCAUCGCUCUACAAAUGGCAAAAGGAAUAAACUAUUUACAUGUAUUAAACCCGCCUAUUCUACAUCGAGAUAUUAAAUCAGUGAACUUUCUAUUAACAAAACGUUUUGAUGACUUAAUUGUAAAGGUUUGCGAUUUUGGUUUGUCGGAAAUCAAACAGGAAAGUGCACGACAAUCAAAAGUGACUGAUAAAACAACAGUUGGCUCAUUGCCAUGGAAAGCGCCAGAAUUGUUUACAAUGGGUGGUUCACACACGGUAAAAUCGGAUAUUUAUAGUCUCGGGAUUACAUUUUGGGAAUUAACAUCACGCGAUUUGCCGUAUCAGGAAUAUGCUGAUGAUGUAACGAUUUUAGCACAUGUGACGAAUGGAAAACGACUUGACAUUCCAUUGGACACUCCCGAUAGCUAUCGAUCAAUAAUUACAAUUUCAUGGGAUCAAAAUCCAGAAAAACGACCGCUGUGCUUAGAACUGAUAAAAUUAAUUGAUGAAGCAAAAACAACUGGCAGCAACACAAGGUAA